UUCGUAUACCAUCUCUCUCGUCGACUACCCUACCCUCGAUGGACACGACGAGGACGGCGACCGUGGCAGAUACCCAUAUAUAAGGGCUACUUCGCUACCCCAUGAACACCAGUGAGCAGCCUGACUUUGAAGAAGACACUACAGCUGUAGCAGAAGUACACUCGAGUUAAAUCUCCGUCAAACAAUCAACAACCAUGAAAUUCUACGCAGUUUUCGUUGUCUUGGCAGCUUUGGCUGUGCACGCUCUCGCUGAUGAAACCAAAGACAACAGUAUCCCAGCAACAGUCUCGUCGGCCAUUGACCGGGCUACAGCUGUUACGAAAGCUACCAUUUCCAGCGAGAAUAAUGAAAAUUGGUCAUUGAUCCCCAACAGCUAUGGUGCAGCUUUAGCAGCUGGUGGAGCAGUCGUGAUCGGAGUCGUCGUAUUGCUGGCAAUCUCAGCUAUCGUUAGCCCGUUGUUCGGUUACAGACUUUGCCAAAUAUUCAGCACCUGCGAUCUCCCUCCAGCAGCAGCAACAGGGUACAGCACAGACGCGUACCAAUCGUUCCCACCGACUUACAACAAGAGAUCCAUCGAGUACGUCAAACCUAUCUUGCAAGUCUUGAACUCUGCCUACGAAAAGUACGGACACGGCGCUAUUCCAGCGGGUUUGGCCAACACGAUGAGAAACGUCAACGGACAACAAUAAUCGAGUCAAAUCGACAUCACUCCAGUUAGCUAUUAAUUAUGUUUCCGGAAUAAUUUUAAUAUUUAAGUCGACAGUUAUGCACAUAACAACGGUAUUUUGUAUAAUAUAUAAUGUUUACAUGUGUUAAUUAUAAUCACUAUAUUAUCUAUAUAGCUGUAAAAUAUAUUAUACUUGUAUCGUGUUUAACCGGCAUGUCGUACAUUAAAAAACAAUAAUAUAAUCAUAUUCAAUAUAAUAUAAUAAAAACAAUAUAUAUAUAUAAAAAAUAAAACAAAUAGUCAAAAAAUUA